CUCUCUCCCCAUUUGUAGGCUGGCGGCGCGAGACACCGCCGCGUUGGCGCGCCGCUCACCUCGACGCCGAGAUGGCGAUGUCGUGCUCUUCCUCCUCCUCCUCCGUGCGCCUCCGAUUGAAUCUAGCGCCCUCCCGCCGCCGAAUCGCCGCUCCCGCCAACCUCCAGGUGCUCCGGCGCGUGGGAGUGGCGGCGGCUUCAAUCCGGCUUCGUGCCGCCCGCGCCACGGGAGGUGAUGCACGGCAACCGUUCGACCAUGUGCCUCGCGGCGUUGAGGAGGUUGGUGAGAUGGAGGAGGACGAGGAGCGGCGGAGGCGGAGGGGUCUCAAGAUCGCCGUCGUGGGGUUUGGGAACUAUGGGCAGUUCCUGACCAGGACGCUGGUGCGGCAGGGGCACACCGUCCUGGCGCACUCGCGCUCAGACUACUCCGCCGUGGCGGCCGAGCUCGGCGCGACGUACUUCACCGACGCGCACGAUCUCGUCGAGUGCCACCCGGAUGUGGUGCUCCUCGUCACCUCCAUCCUCUCCGCCGAGGCCGUCCUCCGCUCGCUCCCCGUCCACCGCCUCCGCCGCGACACCCUCUUCGCCGACGUGCUCUCCGUCAAGGAGUUCCCCAGGAACCUCCUCCUCGGCACGCUCCCGGAGGAGUUCGACAUCAUCUGCACCCACCCUAUGUUCGGCCCGGAGUCCGCGGGCGACGGGUGGGGCGGCCUCCCCUUCGUGUUCGACAAGGUCCGCGUCGGCGACUGCCCGGCGCGCCGCGCCCGCGCCGAGGCCUUCCUCGACAUCUUCGCGCGCGAGGGCUGCCGCAUGGUGGAGAUGAGCUGCGCCGAGCACGACGCGCACGCCGCCGAGACGCAGUUCCUCACCCACACCGUCGGACGAACACUCGCCAUGCUGGAGCUCCAAACAACUCCGAUCAACACCAAGGGGUACGAGACGCUGCUCCGCCUCGUCGACAACACCUGCAGCGACAGCUUCGACCUCUACAAUGGCCUCUUCAUGUACAACAACAACUCCACCGAGCUCCUCAACCGCCUCGAAUGGGCCAUGGAUUCCGUCAAGAAGAGGCUCUUCGACGGCCUCCACGACGUGCUCCGGCGGCAGCUCUUCGAGGGCUCGCCGCCGUUGGACUCCGUCUCCGCCGCCGCAGCCGGGUCGCCGCCGGAUGACGCACCAAUCGAUGGCGAUCUUGACAGCGACAACGAGGAGGAGCAAUCGGAGUAAAUCGGUGAUCGUGGUGUCACGCUAACUCUGACGUCGAUCUCCUGUGAAGUCGUGGCCAUGGUCCCUUCUCGGGUCAUUUGCAAGAUUCAGAAGUUGCUCCCCACUAUGAACAUCAAAUCGCAAAUUUGGCUUCCUUUUCACCUUUCCUCGCUUCAAUUUACUACCCUGUUCAUUCAAACUCCAUGCUAAAUACUCCAUACAAUAAAAUACUUGUAUUACAUCGCGGGUCGAAUCUAUACAUUUUUAUCUUAAUUUUGCGAAA